GAUUCAGUUUCCUGCAGCGACAUUUCAAAAACCCCUUCCACUUUCAGUUGUUUCAUACUGUAAUCCUCCGCCCUCUGGUAGAGUGGAGUGGAAAGAAAAGAAAUCUCCAGGACUGGGUAAGAAAAAAGUAUAUCAGAAACCAACACAGCUAACCUGAGGGACAGAUUUAGAACUCUUGCCAAUUUCUCAUUGAAGCACCUUUCUUACCAGCUCUAAAAGAUCUCUGCUACUGAUUUCACCGUUAAGGUCAGGUGACCCCCCUGAACAUGGCCCCAGUGGUUCACAUGCCAGAACCCUUGUGCCUCAUUGAGAACAUUAAUGGGCUACUGUUGGUUAAUCCGAAAGCUCUGAAGACCCUGUCUGCCAUUCAGCAGCCCGUUGUGGUGGUGGCUACCGUGGGCCUCUACCGCACCGGCAAAUCCUACCUGAUGAACAAGCUGGCUGGGAAGAACAAGGGUUUCUCUGUUGGAUCCACGGUGCAGUCUCACACCAAGGGCAUCUGGAUGUGGUGUGUGCCUCACCCUGAGAAGCCAAACCACAUCCUGGUUCUUCUUGACACGGAGGGACUUGGAGACAUAGAGAAGGGUGACAAGAAGAGUGACACCCAGAUAUUUGUACUGGCACUACUACUGAGUAGUACCUUUGUAUAUAAUACUAUGAACACAAUUGACCAGAGGGCUAUCGACCUCUUGCACUAUGUGACAGAACUGUCAAAUCUGCUCAGAACAGUUACCUCACCUGAUCUUGAUGGGGAAGACAAUGCAGCUGACUUUAUGAGCGUCUGUCCAGACUUAGUGUGGACUGUGAGAGAUUUCCACCUUGACCUGGAAGCAAAUGGGCGACCCAUCACAGCAGAUGAGUACCUGGAGAAUUCGUUGAGGCCAAAGCAGGGCACCGAUCAACAUCUUCAAAAUUUUAAUUUGCCCCGUCUGUGUAUACAGAAAUUCUUUCCAAUAAAGAAAUGCUUUAUUUUUGACUUGCCCACUCAUCGGAAGAAGCUUGCCCAGCUUGAGACACUGCAUAAUGAUGACCUGGAUCCUGAAUUUGUACAGCAAGUGGCAGAUUUCUGUUCCUACGUCUUCAGCCAUUCCAAGACUAAAACUCUUUCAGGAGGCAUCAAGGUCAAUGGAUCUCGUCUAGAGAGCCUGGUAUGGACCUAUGUCAAUGCCAUCAACAAUGGGGAUCUGCCCUGCAUGGAGAACGAAGUCCUGGCCUUGGCCCAGAUUAAGAACUCAGCCGCAGUGCAAAAGGCCAUUGCCCACUAUGACCAGCAGAUGGGCCAGAAGCUGCAGCUGCCCACGGAAACCCUCCAGGAGCUGCUGGACCUGCACAGGGUCAGUGAGAAAGGGGCUAUGGAAGUCUUCAUGAAGAACUCUUUCGAGGAUAUAGACCAAGGGUUCCAGGAAAAAUUAGAGACCCUGCUAGAAGCCAAGCAGAAUGACUUUUGUAAAAGGAAUUUGGAGGCUUCACUGAAUCGCUGUUCAGCUUUACUUCAGGAUAUUUUUUGUCCUCUAGAAGAAGAUGUGAAGCAAGGGAUUUAUUCAAAACCUGGGGGGCAUCGUCUCUUCCUUCAGAAGAGAGAAGAGCUGAAGGCAAAGUACUAUCAGGUGCCCAGGAAAGGAAUACAGGCUGAGGAAGCUCUGCAGAAAUAUUUACAGUCCAAGGAGUCUGUGAGUGAUACCAUUUGGCAGACAGAUCUGGUUCUCACAGCAAGGGAAAAGGAGAUGGAAGUGGCACGUGUGAAAGCAGAGUUUAUGAAGGCUGAAAAAGAAAGGUUGGGGGCAAUUCUAAUGCAGCACCAGCAAAUGAUGGAGCGGAGGGAGAGACUCCAUUGGGAACAAGUGAGACAAAUGGAGAUAAAAAGAUUGUACCAACAGGCCCUGCAACAGAGGGACCAAGAACGUCGGCUCAAGGAGGAGGCUGAAAAGCUCAAGGAGAGCUUCCAAGCUGAGAGCAGAAAACUUCAGGAUGAGAUCCAGCAUCUCCAGAGGAAUGACUCACCAGAUGAUACAUGUAUCUUACUCUAAAGAACUAAACACUAGAACUUCAUUUUCUUCUUCACUUUCACUGAAGACACAAAGGAACAAGAAACUAUAG